AUGCGCGUGCCUCGUGCUACUGCGUUGCUGCCCCCCGAGGAAGUGGACUUCUUGCAGAUUGUCGCUUGCCCCCGCAAGAACAGCAAGGCCUUUGUAGAGGUGCGGGCCCUUUGGCUGCUGCGCGCCGCCUUGUUGCGUGUGCGGGCACCCUUCAGUGGCUUUGUUGAGAUGCUCGCGGACUUGCACGCGCUGCCCGCGGAUAGACGACAUGACUGCAUGCGGUUCGAGCAGCAUUGGUUGUUGUUGGAGGCUUUGACACUGCUUUGGCAGCGAGUGCCCCAUCAGACCGACGCGUGGCUGCUGUGUCUGGACCGACUUUUGCCCUUGCUGAGCAGCCUGGUCCGCGACCUGCACUUCCGGGAACAUAGCUGCACCCUGUGCGCAGUGCCGGCGGUGACGGUAGAUGCUAAAUAUGGUAUGACCUGCUCCUUGUGCAACCAUCGAGAGGGCGGGGUGGUUGCAUACCCCGCCAUCGAGUGCUCAGUCAUGUUUGGCUGUCAAAAGGCCCCGGCUCCUGGACACAUGUGUACUGUCGCGACCAUGCGGCUGGGGGGUUCGGUGGCGGUGCCGUCGGACGACACUAUCUUGCGGCAUCGCGACGUGGAUGGAGUGCGUUCCUACAAGGUGCGUGGGUCAGCGGCGUGGCGGCUGGCGUCUGCUCUCUCCCCGGAGGCCAUUCAAGCGUAUGAACGGCGCUUGGCCGAGCAGCAUGAGCGACGCAAGCGACGCCGUUGCGCUGCAGCGGCCGCGGGACCUGUUGCCCCUCCUGCAGAAGUGGGUGACACGGUGUUCCAGGAUGCCCUGGAACCUGAGAUGCACCCGCAACCGGACGACGUCAAUCCAUGUGGCAUCGACAAAGUCGUCCUGCUGCCCCGCCGGUCCUACGGGGGGCUCUUGGUUGCGACGCUGCCGUGCGGCCGCGUUUGCGCUGCCGUGCCGCUUGCACAUGCUGAGUCGUUGACCCAAGUGUAUGCGUUGCUCUCGACGUUAGUGUUGGAGGAUACCGACGUGCGCUGUCCGCUCCAGUAUGUCAUCUACGACAACGCCUGCGCGUUGGCGCGGUUUGCGCGCCAUCCAGUGCGCAAGGACCGCACGGACGCUGCAGUGAGCUUAGCCGGGUUGACCUACGUGCUGGAUGGUUUUCACCAGCAGAACCACACCAGCUGCCUUGAUCCGACACACGCCUUGCACAUGCCCGAGGUGUUGCGUGCGCGGCAUCCCAGGUUGCAAGAUGUCAACACGCAGACCGCAGAGCAGUUCUUUUCGUGGUUGGACCCGUUUGUGCGGUCCGCCGCAUGCAUGACCCCCUCCGUCUUUCGCGUUUUUGUACAGAUCCUAAUUCAUCUUUUUAAUUCUUUUAUCUGCGCGUCACACGGCCGACGGGUUCGUCCGCGGCCUGUGCGCGUGCCUCCACCGUUGGCGGGGAGCCGGGCGCGCCAGAGUGCUGCGGCCGUUGACUCGGAUCCCGCGCAGCUGCCUGACACGGUGGCCCUGCCCGUGCGGCUUCGCCGCAACCCUCGCGGUGUCGGUAUCUGGGGCGCUGGUAAAUACCAUUGGCAGCGUCCUUCGGAUACGGACAGACCACCUUGCAAGCUCGUGUGGUUUGAGACGUUGCCGGAUGCGUUGGAUACGACAACAGCCGGCAUUCGCUGGGUUGCGCCGUGUGGGUGGAUUUUGCUCCUGCACGGCAGCAGCUACGAGCUCUGGGGUCACAAGCAUCCCCAGUUGCUGCUGGUUGCCUGGCAGCUGAAAACAGUGAGCGUUGCCAGUGCCAGUGUGAACUUUGCACGGCGCGCCUUCCCACAGGUGAGGAGGUGGACGAGUUUUUUUCAAAAACUCGAAGCAGAGGCCACAUUUCCGGCGGCUGCGCUGGAACAGCUGGCUCCGCCUGAGCUUGUGUCUUUGUGGAAGGACAUCGCUGCCACGCAGAGCGUGGCCUGGCCCUGGGUGAUGCUGUGCGAGCUGGCGCUGGCCAGUUUCCUCACGCCCAAUGCUCGCCUCCACCCUUUGGCUAGCUUUACAGUCUUCUCUUUGACGUGGACCUUUUUUGUUCACCCGGGCAGCUGUCAUACAUCCAAUUUGCUUCGCCUCUACCAGAAUGUCUUUCAUGGCAUCGAAAAGAAGGUGAACCGGUAUCGGGCGGAAGAGUGUGCUCGUCUGCGGCAGCAGGUUCAGGCUGGAGCGGACGGCCAGGCGCUGCUCAAACAGCGUCUGGCCAAGCUCCAGCCGCUGGCGCUGCGCUUGGGCACCGGAUCCUUGGAGGGCAUAGGCCUGCGCAUGAGCCAGUUUCCCGAUUGGACAGCUACCUCCGGCUUUCUGGUGGAGGGCCUCCAGUUCGUUCAGUGGCUUCAAGCGGAGUUCGGUUUGAACCGUGCUAUAGCCACGCAACUGUGGGAACGCAUGUCCUGGCAGCGGGAUGUGGUCAACCAAGGCCGCUCCUUCGACAUGACGUAUCCAUUUCUCGGUGUGUGCGGUGCGCUGCACCUAGAGGACGUCUGGCCGAUGUUUGCCCAGCCAGACCCGCUUGGAUUGCGGGGUCGCCUGUGCUUUUUCUACAGCCGGCCGGCGCUCAAACGAGCGCGCGAGAUUGAGGAGGCCAAUGCGCGCUUGCAGAACUACAGGGGCUCCAACAACUUGGAACACACUUUGGUGGAGCGUUUCUGGCGCAUUUAUCAAGCCCAUGCACACGAACAUCGCCCGGCUGCUGCGUUCAGCUGGCACUUGGAGUACCCGUUCCUGAACUAUGCCUUCGGGGAUGGAGAUGAUGCCGCCAACAUCUUUGCACGUGCGUUCGACGAACACGUGCAACUGCAGGAAGAGACCUACCUCGUUCAGCACGAGGUGAGCAAGCGGCACGGCAAGCUCAAGGGGAAGCACCUGCGCCAUGCGCUCAACUGGCACAACGUGGUCUGCGGGUACCAUCAGAGCGACCCUCAAGCUUGGCCCACCACGGUGACCGCGGCCAGCCUUCGCGCUGCUGAAAUCCUGGGUGGCUACUGCGAGCAGGUGGCCGAGGUCAUCACCAAGUUUGCGGCGGAGAUUCAGAAACGGGAGACGGCCGCCAAAGAGGACAAGACGGAGAAGAAGGAUGGGCGUACUCAGGGGAAUCACAUCGACGCUCUGCGUCGCAUGAGCUGUGAGGACUUCCUCGGAGCGGUUCCUCCUGGCCAUCGACUGCACCUUGUGGCCUUUGGAGCAGUUUUGCUCAAGAUGCACACCGUCUGGCUGGACUCCACCGCUUUGCGCUCGCAUUGCUUCGUUCGUGAUACCUUUCCGGGGCUGGCGGCAGAAGCCAAACUCCUCUUUGUUUGGCGCACCGUGUCGCUGCUGGA